UUGGCUUCAGCAACGGUGGACCGAGCGGUGUGGGUCGAAGUCCGUGCAGUUCGCAGUUCUUCAGCGCAGUGCCAAGCGCUGAAUCCGCUGAAUCAACCACCACACCAUGCAGGUUGGUCCACAUGGGAGCCAGAGAACAACCAGGCCAGUUUCUGCAGGAGCAGCAGCGGCCCGGACCCUAAGACUUCCCUUGCCGAAAUUGGAGGACGUGACGCAGGCUUUGCUGCUGGUUGCACUAACGUUCUACUCCCGAGGUCACGUGGGUGCCAGCUCUUUCUUGGCUCCAACUGCGACCAGGCGUCUUUCGCCGGCAACGCCCUCGUUGGUGAACUCGGGCUGCUGCCGCUUUGCCCCGCACUACCAAGGAGUGGAUUGGCAAGACCCCAAGGUGCGCGAGGACUUCAUGGCGAACCUGCUGAGCGUGGAGCGCCGCUUCUUCGCCGCCCCAGAUGUGGCCUUUGAUCGAGAUUCGGGCAUGACCUACGAUGGGACGAGCUUGAACCUGACGACCGGAGGAUUACAGUCCGACGGCUUGCGGGUUUUUUCUGCGGCCUCCAAGGAGGCUUUGCACUUGAGUUUGUUGGCCAUUGCCUUGCAGCCGCCUCAGGAUGUGGACGAGGAGCGUCGGGAGUUGCUGCCCUUGGUCUACAGCAUGGAUGAGGCCUUGGAGAUCUUGGAGAAGAAGGUGAGUUCCAUGGAGGACUUCGAUCGACGCUUCCCUGCCUGUGGCGGCUUCCUCCCCUGGUUCUGUUCUCGUGGCAUCAGCAAUGGCAGCUGCAAAGGCCUCAACGAGACCUUCACCUUCAUUGAACCCAAAGUGGACUCCGCCUCCGUGCUCAGUGUGCCCGCUUUGGACAAUGGGCAGAUGGCCUGGGCAGCAGUUGCUCUGGUCCAAGUGCUGCAGAAGCGGAGCUCUGAAAGCAGUCGGAUUUCUACCCUGGCUCAGCGCUGGGAAAACCGCCUGAAGCGCAUGCGGGCCACUGCUGUGAACCUCUUCUACGACGGCCCGGGCACCGGCACUGUCCGUGCCAUCGCCACGAUCAAGAAUGCCAGCGUGGAUGCCGCCAACAAUUCCACCAAUGCCUACAAUGCAGAGAACUACGUGCUUUGGGAUCCGUUCGAAGGUGAGAUGGUUGUUCUCUUCAUUGACCUCAUGGGGAAUUGGAGCAACUACACCGACCCCCAGGCGGAGAAGGACAAGAUUUGGAACAUCAAAGCGCAGCACGUGGAUCCAGUUCUCUACAAUGAGAGCAACAAUACCUAUGUGAUCCAGGAGGGCUUUUGGUUCUCCGCGCAUGAGCAAUGGAAGACCCUUCAGCUGCCUUACUUGCAGAUUCCAUUGGUGCAUCAUCUCUUCCGGAACGGAGAGAUGGCGCGCCUGACCUUCUCUGUGGUGAAGAACUUGAACGGCCUCAUGGCAUCUGUGAAUGCACCGACAGGCUUCCACUGUGAUAGCGCCUCAGGCGCGUACUGCAGCGCUCUUGGUAUCCAGUCUCUGGCAGAGCAGCCGAUUCUGACGGACCACGUCUUGACGCCCUAUGGCGCCUUUCCAGCGAUCCUCAUCGAACCGGCAGCAGGCUUAGCGUGGUACCAGCACAUGCUCCGCAUGCCACGCGCACAAACAGCUCUGGGCAGCAUUGAAUCCUUCUUGCAGAAUGGCACCUCUGUGGCAGCCAUGGUGACAUGGGAUGCCAAGGUCACCAGUGUCGUGGCCAUGCUGGGCGGCACCGGUGAUCUGGUACGUGCUCGGAUGGAGACCGAAGGUGUCAUGGACACCUUCGUUCAGCGUGUGGAAAGCAUGUAUGCGGACGUCUUCCAGAAGCCCUUGGCACAGACCAUGAAGAAAGGAGAGUCAAUGAGUGCGCGCAUCGCCGAACUUCCGGCGUUGCCUCUGCCGGCGGACCAGGCGAUGCCUAGCGAGCCCUACCACUACGCCAUGUGCGGAUGUGCGUCGCCCUAGGCUGAAGCAUUGGACCGGCACUGCCUGGCUCUGCUGCCUGCGAGAUGGUGUAUUUCCAGGCUGCAGAAUUCCGAAUUCGUUGCCAGAGUCUGUGGAAUUCACCCACCGUUCCGGAGACGUCCAUAGACAAGCGACUCAGAGUCGGUCUUUCGUUUGCACCAACAACCUUCGGUGGAUUCUGCGGCUCGUUUGGUUCGUCGAACACAUGGGUCGAACAGCAACUGCGGUGCGUUGGCCGAGCUUCCCCCGUUGUACAGACGGGUCCACGAUCGGCUGCAUCCAAUUCCAUGCCUUGUACAGGGCCUCAGAAGCCGCGUUCGUUUAGCACUUCGGAAGGUCCAAGAGAGUUCACGUGACGCCUGACGCCGGUGAAAACUGAU